AUGGCCAAGACAAAGAACGCGAACGCGCGCGAGCUUUCCCGACGCGACCUAGAAGCAUACAAGCCCAUGUUCGGCAUGUAUCUAGAUAUCCAGAAAGGAAAAUUUAUCGAGGAUAUGGACGAGGAAGAGGUCAAGGGAAGAUGGAAGAGCUUUGUGCAAAAAUGGAACUGUGGAGAACUCGCUGAGGGAUGGUAUGAUCCUGCUACACUCGAACGGGCGCGUCAGAGUGUAGAGGAACGGACACCUGCUGGUCCGCUAGGUCAGCGUGAUUCGCCUGAUUAUGCACAGGGUGAGCGAGAGGGCGGUGAUGUCCCGCGGGAUGAGCCAGAAGACGAUGAAGACGAUGACGAGUACGGGCCUGCACUUCCGCGACCUGCUUCGGGAAGAGGCGGCACGCAUUUGGGGCCUACGAUCCCGAAUAUGCAAGAUCUCGAGCUGAAAAGAGAAUCUGCCAUUGAAGAUGCGCAAGCUGCCCGCGGCGAAUCACGCGAGAAAUAUCAGGCAGAAAUGCGUUCGCACAAGGCUGCAAGGCGUCAUCUUGAAGAUGAGAUUGCGCCGCGGGCUGAGGCUGGUACUCGGGAACGGCAGCUAGAGAAGCGCCGGGAAGUUGCUGCAAGCAAUCGCGCAUUCGCAAGUCAGCGAGGUGCCUCGCCAGAGGCUGCUCCGGAGGAAGAUCUCAUGGGCGGAGACAAUGACUUGUCUGCGUUGAAACGCGAGAAGGAGAACAACCAGCGCAAGAAGAACGAGCGCGAGACCCGGAGGGAGGAGAUCCUUCGUGCUCGUCAAGCGGAGCGAGAGGAGCGAGUAGAACAGUAUCGACAGAAGGAGUCGGAAACCAUGAGUUUCUUGCAGGCUCUUGCGAAGCAGCGAUAUGGCUAG